AUGGAAGAAAGAAUAUCCCGUGGGUAUUUUCAUUUAUUUUUGAUUAUGUUAUUAUUUGAUAUUAUUUUUUCAUCAACUCUUACAAAUAUAUGUCCUGAUAUUAUUUCGUGCAAUUGUACACUUAUCAAUAAUACAGAUUUAAAUAUAAUUUGUAGUUCAACACCAUCUCUUACUCAAUUACCUACACUCUCACCUAACACACUUCAAACAAAUGUUAAAGAAUUACGUAUUAUUUCAUCAAUAACGAAUACUAAGGGUCCUCUAAUAGCUUUGCCAACAAAUAUUUGUUCUUAUCCAAAUCUUGCUACGCUUGAUUUAUCAUCAAAUAAUAUAAGUGGUCUAUUAAAUACAUCUGAACUUGCUUGUUUAGGUUCGAACUUAAUUCAUGUUGAUUUUUCGUAUAAUAAUAUAAAUGAUAUUGAUAUGAAUUUCUUUAAAGCCAAUCGACAAUUACAAACAAUAAAUCUUUCUCAGAAUAAUUUAACAUUAAUGCCUUUAAUUGAUGGAGGAUAUUUCGUUGAUUUUCCUUCAACAAUUAUAUUAAUGAAUUUUAGUUUUAAUCAAAUAGUUAGUGUAGAUUUUUGGCCUCUAUUUGUUAAAACAAGAAAUACGAUGGAAAUUGAUAUGAGUAAUAAUUUAGUUGAAAAUUAUACAAAUACUGUUCCAAUAUCUUUAGAACAGUUUAGUGAAACACCAGAUCCACGAUAUUUCUAUUUAAAUAAUAAUCGUCUUAAUCGUUUAUCUGAUCUUUUACUUGAACAAUAUGGUGCAUGUUCAACAAAAAAUUUAAUAAGUGCAGCUUAUUUUAUUGUUGGAAUAUCAAAUGUAUUAUUAACAAAUAAUCAAUUAAUAUGUGAUUGUGAAUCUUAUAAUUUAAUAACAUAUAUUAAUGAUGGUAUAAAUGAUUUUCCUGAAAUUAAUAAUGGUACUGCUUUAUUAACACAAGCAUUAUGUUCAUUACCUCUAUCAAUGGCUGGACAAAAAUAUAUUUUUACAAGUUUUAUUGAAUAUAAUAAUUGUGAAAAUUAUACAUUACCAAAUAUUACAGAUAUUUUUUGUUCACUUUAUAUCAACGAUAGUAGAGUAACAUUAACAACACCUACUUAUUGGCCAAGUACAACAACAACAACAUAUAAAUAUGAAACUAAUUCAACAACAGGAAUAAAUAAUGGAAAUACAAAUGCUUCAUCGACUUCUAUUGCAUGGUAUAUUAUCUUGGGUAUUGUUCUCGGUCUAGUAGUUAUUUUAGCAAUAAUUAUAGCUGUGUUUUAUCUAUAUCAAAGAAAGUUUUCUCCAAAAACGUACAAUUUAAAGACUGUAAAUAAUGCUCAAACUGAUGAAAUAACAUCACAAAAAGAUUUCAAACUCAAUGAAAUAAAAUCACGUCGUGUUUCAAUGUCAACAUCUACAUGUGAAUUUGAUAAUCAAGGAAAAGAAACACAAUUGGGUGAUGAUGGUUUACAUUUAAAUCUGAAUUUACCAAAGGGCCAUUCAUCUUUAAAUGAUGAAAAUAAUCCUGAACAAGAAACUCAGACAUGUAUUCAACCUAUUCGUUCAAAACCACCCAUUGGUCGUUCACCUUCAACAUAUGGUUCUCAACAAAUCGAUAAUAAUCAUAUACAAAAUACAUUACAACGUAAACGUAAAUUAUCAUAUCCACUAGCAGCAACUGAUGUUGCAACAAAUACAACAAAUGUUGUCAAAGGUAUUCCCAUACCAUCAGUAUCGACAAAACCUCAAUCAAUAUUUUCAAAUGGUACUGAUACAAUACCUAAUGUAGAUAGUUCUCAAUCAAAUAUAGCUUCUAUUCCACUUGUACCAUCAAAACGAGCAAAAGUUUUACCACAAGUUAAAAAUGGAAUCUAUACUGAUUCAAAAAAUGAUAAUUUAUUAAAUACAACAGCAGGUGCACUUAUAACUGAUCAAAGACAACGACGACGUAGUUCAAUAUGGCUUCGAAAACAAACUCAAAAUAUGGUAUCACCAUUACCUCCUCGACCUCAAUCGAUGGUAACACGAAAACAUGCACUAGUAGAUUCUGAUGUAUCAUUUGAUGAAAGUAUACACUGGACUCCAACCAAUGAAAGUUUAACAAAUAAAUCAUCAAAACCUUUACGUACGGUACCAUUACUUAAUAUUUCUGUUGUACCUGCUUGGAUAGAUGACAGUAAUGAUCAAAUGUGA